UAUACUCUUUGAUGACUCACUAAUAAAUGCCCACUCCACUUUAGUUAGUAAAUGCCCACCCCUUUGUUCUACCCUACCAGCAUAAAUGGACGAACUUGGAGAUCGGUCAGCAUGCAUAAGUGUACAGCAUGUGUCAUUCUACAUUUAGAUUGAGCGCUGAGUACACCAACUGACUUGUUUCUCCUCAUCUUUGAUUAUUUCCAGACUGGCGAGAAAGAAAAAAAUGGAGCCGGUGAAGAGGGUAGCAGUGAUUGGUGCUGGGGUGAGCGGUCUGGUGUCUGUCAAAGCUUGUCUCGAAGAGGGACUCGAACCUGUGUGCUACGAACGGAACGAUGAAAUAGGUGGGAUAUGGGUCUACCGUGAUAAGAAUCCAAACGGUCAGACCGAUGCGGCCAUCUACGAAGGACUGGUGACCAAUUCUAGUAAAGAGAUGAUGUGUUUCAGCGAUUUCCCCUUCCCGCGUGAGUGGGCGCCCUACAUCCAGGGUAAACAACUCAACGAGUAUUACCACGCCUAUGCUAAACAAUUUGAUCUCAACAGACACAUACAUCUUAACACUGAGGUACUGUGUGUCGAGAAGACAAAGGACCACGAUACGACGGGCCGGUGGUCGGUGUUGGUCCGAAACCAGGACGGAACGGAGAGCGAGUCCUUGUUCGAUGCCGUUAUGGUGUGUACGAGUAUCUUCAACAAACCAUUUGUCCCAACCUAUCCGGGAAUGGACGUGUUUCGAGGAGAGACCUGUCACAGCAAAGAUUUCCGAAAAGGCGAAAGAUUUGAAGACAAGACAGUUCUGGCCGUCGGCGGUUCCCAUUCGGCCGGAGACAUGGCUGUCAACUCUAGUCGAUUCGCCAAACAGGUAUACCUCAGCACACGUACGGGUACGUGGUUGGCGAACCGGAUGCAAUCUAACGGCCUGCCACGUGACAUGACCAUCCAUCGUCGUUACAUGACCCAUGUCCCGGUGAACUGGAAGCUGAAGCGAUUCGAGCAGGACAGCGUUCAGAGGGUAGACCCGACACUCAUCGGUAUCAGGAGUUCUAAGCGAUAUGGUACCACCACGGUCAUGAUCAAUGAUGAUCUAGGAACCAUGGUCCUCAGUGGAAAGAUUAAGACAAAGCCUGGAAUUGAUCACUUUACUGAAACGGGGGUUGUAUUCAAAGACGGUUCAACCAUUGAAGAACUGGACGCAGUUGUCUUCGCAACUGGAUUCCAAAUAUGCAACCCUUACAUCAGUCAUGAUAUUGUACCAGAUCGUCUGGAGGAUUUAGAGAUGUUCCACUUUGUGUGGCCUGCCAAAGAGAAGCACCACACCCUGGCAGCCAUUGGAUUCAUCAUGAUCGUUGGCCCACACGCCCCGGCCCUGGAACUGCAGGCCCGAUGGGCUGUACAGGUCUUCAAGAAGAACGUAGGGCUACCACCAAGGGAGGUCAUGAUGAAAGAGAUCACUGGUCGCAAGAUGGGAACGUUCAAGAGGUUCGGCAAACACAAGAUACAGACACUUCCCCUGCCUUACCAAGACAUCAUAGCCGGUUUCAUAGGAGCUAGACCCGACUUAAGGUCUUUGAUCUUUAGCGACCCCUGGCUCGCCUACGAACUCUUCUUCGGACCAGCCUACCCGGCAGGCUACCGCUUGUUUGGCCCCCACACCUGGUCUAAAGCCCGAGAACACAUCGCACGAGGUAUCGACAACGUCGUCUUCCCGACCAAGACGCGCAGCGUCGAGACAGCACAGAGCGCGGGAAGUAUAUUCCGCCUGACGGUGAACGGGUUUCUCAAGACAGCUUUCAUGGCUCUAAUGAUCAUAUUCAUCCUCUCUGUGCUGACCUAAUACCAUCCCAAAGUGGGAUUAUUCCCGCCCCCCCCCCCCA